AAAUCAGAUAAGGUAUACAUAAAGUUGAUAAUGUUUUCAUCAAUUGAAAUUCUCACAAAAAAUGAAAGAUAGAACUCUCGUCUAGGGACACAAAGAAAAAAAUUCAAAUUAACCGGACAGUCCAUUUUAAAUGGUGAACAACUUACAACUCAUGAUUAUACUAAAAGACAAACUCUUGAAAGUAACAAUAUUAAAUUAUAUUAAAGGUGAUAAAGGAGAUCACUAAAGUUUUCUCAUGAAAAUGGGUUAUUCAGUAUCUGAUGAUCCAAAUUAUUAAGAAUAUCAGAAGAAAAAUAGAGUAAGCUCAAUUUCAACAGAUUUGUAAACCGGAAAUAGACUAACAAGUCGCUAAUCAAACAGUAACUCUGUUGCUACAAGAGUAUAGAGUAUAGAACAUAACACCAAUUACGAAAACCCGAACGGUCCAAGAACCAGUGUGUAUAAUCCAAGAACAAUCAGAAAAACAUUUUAAUCUGACGAUUCUGAUGGUGGACUCGAGAACUUCAGCGACCAUUCACAUCAUAUCAGCGCUGAUAAAACUCCAAAACCUAUUACAAGCGCCAGUUUCCCAAAAGAAAAGUCAUCCAUUAUCCCUACUUUAAUUCAAUUUAAAUUUCAAAGGAUUAGAAGAUGUUUCCAAAUGAUUAAAGCCUUGUUGAGAAUGAAAAAUCUCUGCAAGUAUAAUAUAUUUUAAAUAAUUCUUAGCUAAAAGAAAACUUCUUGGUCGUUGAAGUAAGAGAUUUUAAGAAGGAAUCAGAAAUCACUCAAAUUUAAUGAAAGUCUUACUGUGAUCAAGAUUAAGUAAUGGACAUAAAUGGUAUUCUCCAAAAUGAUUUCUUUUAUACAAUAAAAAAGAUUAGACAAGUGCAAAUUAAACUUCAUUGUAUUUUAUAUCGUUAUCUUAAUAGGACAAUCCAGAGAGCAUGACACAAUUGGAGAAAGAUUAGGCCAUAAUUGUUGUAUCAAAUAUUUUCACUUUUGCUAUGUCUAAUCUAGUUAUUAUGUCAUCAUGCACUAAUUUGAUAAAUGAAUUAUAAGUCUUAAUGUACUAAGAACAAUUCUAUGAAUACAGAAAACAAUUUAGUAAAUUUGUGACUCAAAGAGCUAAUUAUAUCAGUUAGGAUUAUUAAGUAUUAACAGAAUAAGAAAAAAAAAUCAUUUUAUCCGAAUGUGUCAUCAUUAAUAAUCUGAUCCCAAGUUUAGUAAAACUGACUGAAAGCUUGGAUGUACUGAAAUGUAAUAAACCAAGCAUAGAGUUUUUAAUUAGAUGUCUAAUUUCCCUAAUUCAGUAUUUUUUUAUAUAGAACUUUUCUAAUUUUCCUAAAAUUGCAAUGAAAAAAUAAAAAAUUAAUUUCUUUUAAUAUCAAUUAGGCAAGAAUAACUCCUCAAUGAUAAUUGUUUAAAAUUCUCAAAUCAAGUCAGAUGACAUGAUUUUUGGCACUUACAAUGAACAACAACUCAAAGAUUUCAUAUCCAAAGAAAAUUGGUCUGAGUCCAAUAAAAGUAAAAUGAACUAAGUAGCAAACAAUUUAAUCAGUAUUUUCUGAUUAAGUAAAGAC